AUGUUUGAUCGCCUAAGUUUGUUUGAUGAUGGGAAUCUGUUAACCGAGUUCCAAGUUAAGCCGACUUGGAUUGAUCAGAUUCGGGAUAAACAGUUGGGGGAUGAUUCUUUCGUUCUACGAUUCCGUCUGGUGAAGGAUGGUAGUACUUCAGAUUUUUGGGUAUCUUCGUCGGAGAAGGUUCUACGGCUUGGACGUAACGACAAGUUGAGCUAUAUGUUCAUUGGGUUGUAUCGGAUUCUGAAACGUAUGGGAUCGGUUGCUUGUCAGAUAGAGCUACCUCUAGAGUUAGACUUUAUUCAUGAUGUGUUUCACGUCUCCAUGUUGAGGAAGUAUCGGUCUAAUCCAUCUCAUGUUGUUUCUGUUGAAGAGAUUGAGGUUAGACUAGAUUUGACUUUUGAGGAGGAGCAGGUUCAGAUUCUGGAUCGAGACAUUAAACUUUUAAGGAGUAAAUCUAUUCGGCUAGUGAAGGUGUUGUGGCAGAAUCAUGACACUAAGAAAGCCACGUGGGAACUUGAAGACUCAUUCCGUCAACAGUAUUCGCAUCUUGGCUAA